AUGAAGUGCAGUGCAUGUCAACGCUUUAUGACCCAAAAUGCGAUAGACGGCAUUAAGUGUAAUGUAUGUAGCAGUAUGUGUCACAAAGCUUGUUUAGGUAUGAAAACAAAAGACCCAAUACCCAAAAUCUGGACAUGUCCUGACUGUGUAGUUAAUAUGCCAAAAGGUAAUAAUCAAAAUACGCCAGUACGUAGCAUGAAUAAAUCUAUUCAGAUGGAAAUGGACAAACCCACGAAUACUGAGCAGAUUAAUAUACCUGCUGUGGAUAAUACCACUUCUUUGGAUGCCAAUAAAAAUCUAGCCAUGGAAUUGCGUAUGUUUCGAGAGGAGAUGUGUAAGACCAAAAGUGAGCUACGAACCUUCUGCCAGGAGGUUCAGGACCUUAAGGCUCUCUUAAGAUCAUAUGACGAAAGAAUAGGCAACUUAGAAACACGUAUAGACAUUAUUGAAAAACAGGCCAAACCCGAUCAUAGCAUAACUAACAUGGGCGAACUCGAAAAAACUAUCCAUCAGCUAAAAUUCGACCUGCGUGAGCGAGAUCAAGACCUCUUGGGGAACGAUAUAGAAAUAUCCGGAAUCCCGGAGGACUGUGGGGAGAGCACUAUGCACAUCGUAACAGCCUGUGCAAAGAAAAUAGGAGUGGAAUUGGACAUCGUGACGUAG